UGAGCCGCUGAUGUCCCCCAGCCAGCGGCCCCCGCCGACAGCAACGGCGGACCUCGGUAUAAAAAGCGGCCGGCUCAGGGGGGGGGAGCAUCCAAAGGCUUUCUCGGCCGCGGCAUGACCCCGACCGAGAGCCCCCGAGCGCCCGCUUGACAAAACAAUGCCAAGGCUCGUCGUCCGACCGCACUUCAUCAUGGACAGAGAUGACAGGAAGCGAAACAAGAACAUCGGAAAGAACUUCAUGUGCCGACUCCAGUGCAUGUUCUCACACUCGUCGAGUUCUGAGAGCAGGCUCACUCUAGAAGAUACCCAACAAUGGUCGCAGUCUUUGGAGCGGCUGCUGGAUUCAAAAUACGGAUUAGCGGCAUUCCGCAACUUUCUGAAAUCGGAAUACAGCGACGAGAACAUCGAGUUUUGGCUCACCUGCGAAGACUACAAGAAGAUCAAGUCUUCGUUCCGAAUGGCGUCCAAAGCCAAGAAAAUCUACGAGCAAUUUGUCAAAGCUGAAUCUCCGAAAGAGAUCAACAUCGACUAUCACACUCGAGAGCAGAUCAAAAGAAGCGUCAAGAGUCCCACCGUCCACUGUUUCGACGACGCUCAGAAAAUCGUUUACGGGCUGAUGGAAAGAGACUCGUACCCGCGCUUCCUACGCUCGGACGUUUACAGAACUCUCCUGGAAAACCUUUCGGCCGACGCCACCAAAGGUUGAGAGCAAGCGGACGCCGGUGGACGUACGACUCGCGAUUGCAAUGCGGGAUUCCAUUCAGCGGGGAGUGUCGGUCUGGUCCAAGGGGAAGAAAAGAGGGUUCCGAAAGCACGCCGCGAAGACAAAAGCGGGAAAAGCUUCGCUCGAAGUCCUCACUGGACCCUCGACUCUGCCCUGGACUCGAUGUUCCCCGUGACAAGGAUUCCCACACUGCGCACCCGCCUAAUAUGAAAGCAGACGACCAAAACGACCACGUUGCGCCCGCCAGUCCCAAAGAAAAUGAGUCAUCGUUGCUUUUGGUUUACAAA